AUGCGGAGCUGGGCACAGAGGCGUGGCGGCGAGUGUACGUUGCACCAGAACAAAUAUGAGGCUCGUCGAUCGAUCGAGUUGUUGUGCCAAGCGCUCAAAGCAAAUCGAGCCGGGUGGAAUAAUUUGACCAUGGAUCAAGUUAUGGCAUCAAUUUAUGAUGAGAUAGGAAUGUCUACUUCUCUGUGGACGAAGAUCAAGAGUUGGGUUGCGAGUGUAGCAUUGAAGUUGAUGCAAUUGGGUACGAAACUUGCUAUAGGUUACCAUACCGCCGGGGCCAUAGGAUGGUGA